AUGGAACAAUAUGUUGGACAGGCACAUAUGGAAUCAUUUAUUGUAUUUCAUGGUCAAGGACUGACGAAGGCCGACUUUGAUCAAAUGAUCAAUACACAAGAUGGACUUUUAUCAUUUAAUAAUUUUCUAUUGACUACUAUGCAUCGUCAAGUAUCGCUCAACUUUGCUCGUGAGACUAUGGAAUCGUACGAUCUUAUUGGUAUUUUAUUCGUCAUGAAAAUCGAUCCGUCCAUAACAUCAGUACCAUUUGCUGCCAUCCAUGGUGUCAGUUAUUUCGAAGGACAAGAACAAAUACUCUUCUCCAUACAUUCUAUCUUUCGUAUUGGACCAAUGAAACAAAUCGAUGGAAAUAGUCGUCUUUGGCAAGUUGAUUUAACAUUGAUCAACGAGAACGAUCCAGAACUUCAAGUACUUACUAAACAAAUACGCAACGACACCUAUCCUCAUAUCCAAGGAUGGGACCGCUUGGGCAAAAUACUAUUUAAACUGGGACAGCUCGACAAAGCCCAAGAAGUGUAUGAUAUUUUGCUUGAUCAAACAUCGACUGAUCGUGAAAAAUCAUUAGUUUAUCAUAUGCUUGGGAUGGUCAAGCGUGCUCGAACUUAUGACAACAUUGGCUUGAUGUAUGACAACAUGGGUGACUAUUCAAAUGCAAUUUCCUCUCAUCAACAAGCACUGAAAAUCUAUCAGAACACUCUUACUUCAAAUCAUCCUGAUUUGGCUACUUCUUACAACAACAUUGGUUUGGUGUAUAACAAGAUCGGUGAUUAUUUGAAUGCAACUUCGUCUCAUCAAAAAGCACUGGAAAUCUAUCAAAAUACUCUUCCUUCAAAUCAUCCUGAUUUGGCUACGUCUUACAACAACAUUGGUUUGGUGCAUGACAACCUGGGUGACUAUUCGAAUGCACUUUUAUAUCAACAAAAAGCAUUGGAUAUCUACCAAAAUACUCUUCCUUCAAAUCAUUCUCAUUUGGCUACUUCUUAUAACAACAUUGGUUCCGUGUACAAUAGCAUGGGUGACUAUUCGAAUGCACUUUCAUACCAACAAAAAGCAUUGGAAAUCUAUCAAAACAUUCUGCCUUCAAAUCAUCCUGAUUUGGCUACAACUUACAACAACAUUGGUUUGGUGUAUGACAACAUGGGUGACUAUUCAAAUGCACUUUCGUCUCAUCAGAAAGCAUUGGAAAUCUACCAAAACACUCUUCCUUCAAAUCAUCCGGAUAUAGCUACUUCUCACAACAACAUUGGUUCGGUGUAUGACAACAUGGGUGACUGUUCCAAUGCACUAUCAUGCUAUAACAAAGCACUGGAAAUCUGGCAAAAAACUCUUCCUUCAAAUCAUUCUCAUUUAGCUCGAUCUUACAACAAUAUUGGUUCGGUGUAUGACAGCAUGGGUGAUUAUUCAAAUGCACUUUCCUCUCAUCAAAAAGCACUAGAAAUCUAUCAAAAAACUCUUCCUCCGAAUCAUCCUGAUUUGGCUUCUUCUUUUAACAACAUUGGUUCGGUGUAUGAAAAAAUGGGUGACUAUUCAAAGGCACUUUCAUACUAUGAGCAAGACCUUGAAAUCUGCGAAAAAACUCUUCCUUCAAAUCAUCCUGAUUUCGCUCCUACUUAUGGACACAUGGGAAUGAUGUGUUCCAAGAAUAGAGAGUAUUCGAAAGCUGUUUUAUAUUGUGAACGAGCUGUUAAAAUACUAGAAAACUCAGUACCUGCAACUCAUCCACAUAUUCAAUUAUAUGCAAAUAACCUCACAUAUGUAAAAAAGCAAAUGUAA